CCGUCAUGUCAGCAGAUAACAAACCUCCACCAGAGUUUCACAGCAGUCAGACGGAACAGCAGCGACCUGCUGAGAGGAGAUGUGCGGAUACCGAACCAUCAAGUACACUUUGUUCGUCUUCUGCUACGCCUUCUGGGUUGUGAGUGCUGUGCUCAUAGCGGUGGGGAUCUACGCCAAGAUCGCCAAGGAGAACGAUGUGGUUGACACCCUGACAAUAGAUCCAGCUCUGCUGUUGAUCGUCGUCGGCUCGAUGAUGUUUCUCAUCACCUUCCUUGGAUGUUUCGGAGCGCUGCGUAACGCCACCUGCCUGCUGAAGACGUUUCUGGGGAUCGUGGCGGCCGUCCUCAUCCUGCAGAUCGCUGCUGGAGUCGUGGGGUACCUCUUCACAGACAUGGUGAUGGAGAGAACAGAAAGGCUGAUGAUGAAGGCCAUCAUCCGCUACAGGGAGGACCAGGACCUGGAGAACGCCAUUGACUUUAUCCAGAAAAAGUUUCAGUGCUGUGGCGUUGAGAGUUACAAGGACUGGUCCCACAAUGUCUACUUUGAGUGUUUAGACACCAACCCUAGUCUGGAGGCCUGUGGAGUUCCCUUCUCCUGCUGCGUUCACCUACAGAACCAGACGGUGCUGAACACCAUGUGUGGUUAUGGGAUGCAGCAUUUGGAGGAGCGUAUGGCUGGUAAGAACGUCUUCACCAUCGGCUGCCUGGAGAAGAUCAUCUGGUGGGCCAAAAACCACCUGCUGCUGGUGGCUGGUCUGACUGCCGGCCUGCUGCUGCUCGAGGUCGGCAUGAUCUGCCUGGCUGCCGUUCAGAUCUCCAGGAUAAAGAGAACUCAACCAAAAACCCAAGGAAAUGCAACUAGAGGCAAAAGGGAGAGAAAGGACAGCUACUGGACUCCUGCGUUUGCAGAAGAUCUGCUGGAGAACUGAAGCUGAUCAGAAAAACCUCCGUGGACUCACUCAGGACGCUUCAACACGGUUUAGAGGUGUUGGCAGAUGAACUACUACCUCAUGUAAAAACGCUCUUUACAUCCAGUUCUUUCUACAAGUUAUUCUUAAAGAAAGGCAGUUUUGUCAUCAAUAGCAUGAACAACCCUUCAGCUGCACAUUUAGCAUUUAAAACACGGUCAAAAGAUAUU